GGUGAACCUUACGUUGUUCAUUCUGUGUUUAUCAUGCAACGUGAAAGCUGCAAUUGAAGUAGGCAUGUGCAUCGUUGUAGGUUACAUUAAUUUCUGUUCAUUACGUUUCUGAAUGUCGACCACUCCUUUCAGAAUGCACGAAAGACUUCUUCCAGCCUCUCCGAACUGGUACUGUUCGCGAUGUAGUGACACGAAUGACCAGGGUAUAUUGGGGUUUGGAGCUAAAAACAUAAUCUACUUGAUUGACGUUACAGCAACAUCGUCUACAGUUGUUGGUGAACUAGUUGGUCACAGAGAGAGAGUCUCUGGCUUCUCAUUCUGCCAGCAUCCCGGCCAAAGCCAUAUUUGUGCCAGCUCCUCUGAUGAUGGGACUGUUAAAUUUUGGGACACUAAUGAGAAGGUCCUAUUAAAGGAGCAUAAAGUUCACCAGAACACCAUCACAGCCCUCCAUUGGUCCCCUGAGGAGAAGAACCUUGUGGUGUCAGCGGAUGAGAAAGGCAUUCUGGUCUGCCACUGGUACAACACGGGUGAAUCUCAAAGCUUUUUCCCCGAACCAAGGAAUAUCUUCUGCCUGUCCUGCUCCCCUCACAACUGGCACUACAUUGCUGUGGGAUACAAAGAUGGCAUGAUUGUGCUGAUUGACAUAAGUAAGAAGGGCGAGGUGGUGCAUCGUUUCCGUGGCCACGAUGAUGAGAUCCAUGCCCUGGCCUGGGCACCCGUGCCCAAUGAGGAAAUGCUUUACAACAGGCUGGACGAUCACACAGAAAUGAUCAGUGAGGUGACCGAGGGCACAGAGAAGGGAUGCUAUCUGGCAUCUGGGAGCAAGGACCAGACAAUAAGAAUCUGGAGCAUGCUUAAGGGCAAAGGUGUGAUGACUAUGAAACUACCAUUCCUGAAGAGGAGAGGGAUAGGUGUAGAUCCGGCGGUAAAGGAGAGACUGUGGCUCAGUGUGCACUGGCCCAAGGGGAAGCCAACCCAAGUCGUGUCAAGCUGUUUCGGGGGUGAGCUGAUCUUGUGGGACCUCACCAAGGGAGGCAAGCAGAAGUGGUGCCUGUUGGGAACAUCGUCAGAAGGGCAGAACCACAGCAGGAUUGUGUUUAACAUGAGCUCAGUGUGUGUUCUGGACAACAGAGAGCUCUUGAUCAGCACUUCCAUGGACAGACAGAUAAAAUGUUGGGACCUAUUGUCAUUGGACUGUUGCUGGACCUUGCCCACCCUGGGGGGCUUUGUGUACGCCCUGACCUUCUCUCCUGUGGGGACUGGCUGCCUGGCCUUGGGAGUGGGAGACAGCAUGGUCCGUGUGUGGAGCACCCUGUCCAUGCAGAACAAAUAUGACACAAAGACCUUCUGGCAGGGAAUCAAGUCCAAAGUCACAGCGUUAUCCUGGCAUCCAACCAAAGAAGGAUCCUUAGCUUUUGGAACUGAUGAUGGCAAAGUUGGUAUCUAUGAUGUUUUUUCUAACAAGCCUCCUCAUGUAUCCAGCACAUACCACAGAAAGACUGUGUACACAUUAGCCUGGGGUCCCCCAGUCCCACCGCUGUCAUUUGGUGGGGCAGGCGACCGGCCAUCGUACAGCCUGUAUAGCUGUGCUGGAGAGGGCCUCAUCCUACAGCAUGACCCCUGGAAGCUGACAGGAGAGGCCACAGACAUUGACAGGCUCAUCAAGGACACAAACAGCAUCAAGCACAAGCUGUCACCCCACACAGAUCUCAGCUGGAAACCAGAUGGAAAAUUUCUGGCCAUUGGCAAUGAGGAUGGGUCCAUUGAGGUGUACCAGGCCCCGAACCUCAAGCUGCUGUGUACCAUCCAGCAGCAUCAUAAGAUCAUCAACGUGCUGCGCUGGCACCAUGACCAUGGCUCCCAGCCUGAGCUGCAGUACCUCCUGGCGUCUGGCUCCAGCAACGCUGUGGUCUAUGUCCACGACAUCCGCACUGUCAUAGAGUCCCCUCCAGUAUGUCCCAUUGUGAUGACCGAGGCAUAUCGGAGCCUGGCGGGUCACACAGCCAAGAUCACCAGCUUGGCGUGGAGUCCCCACCACGACGGGCGACUGGUCACAGUGUGUUAUGAUGGUACAGCACAGGUGUGGGAUGUCCAAAAGGAGGAGGCUUUGUGCAACUACAGGGGCCACCGGGGCCGCCUGCUGUGUGUCCAGUGGUCACCUGUCGACCCUGAUCUGGUCUGGACCGGAGCUGAUGACUUUACUGUGCAUGAGUGGGCCGUGUCCAAACAGAAGUUUUCAAAGCCCCCCAAAGCAAAAAAAAAUGUUGACCAGAAGUUGAAGGUCAAGGCCAAGAAGAAAAAGAAAGGAACAACCGGGAAUGUGGGACUGAAGGUGGAGGAGGGCUUGCCUCUGAAUGGAACAGAGGAUAGAAGAGGUGUAUCCCUGGCACCAGGUGAUGGACCGUCUGACAAUGAGGAUGAUGAUGAUAUUGAAGAGGGAAACAAGACCAAUAGCGUCUCUUCAGUGACAGACUCUUCAUCCAGUUAUCAGGUGGACAAACCUGUGUUAGAGAGAGUGCAAAAUGGAGGAAAAUCAUUACAGAUUUUAAAGAAAGAAAUGAAAAAGGUGGAAAAACCAGAGUUGUCUCUAAAGAAGCGAAAGCCUCGCUCAAUGAUGCCCCUCAGUACAUCCAUGGACCACCGGCCCAGAGAAGACCUCCAGCAGGACUGUCUAAAGCUAGCCACAGUCAGGCACUCUGAUGCUCCUCCAGCCCACUUUGUCCCAGGCCUGGGUGAUCACAUUCAACUAGGCCUCUUUGCAGACCGUGAUGCCUUAUAUAAGAUGUUCCAUGAGGAGGAGCAGGCCCAUGUGGAGUCAGGCCACUAUGAGUCUGUAAUGUACCUGAGAAUGUGGAAAGGUGACAUCGCUGGAGCUCUUCAGGUGGCCACAGAGAAAGGAGAGCUGAGUGAUCACCUUCUUUCUGUUGCACCAAUGGCUGGUUACCAGGUGUGGCUGAGGACAGUAGAGGCCUAUGUGAAGCAGCUGUGCCUUCAGGAGCAGUUCCUCAAGGCUGCUUCUCAUCUCCUUUCCAUCAACCACAUAUACGAAGCCAUAGAUCUCCUAAAGUCCCACCAGCUCUACAGGGAGGCUAUAGCCCUGGCAAAGGCUAGGCUGCAGCAAGACGAUCCUGUGCUCAAGGAGCUCUACACAACCUGGGCAGCCGUGCUGGAAAAAGAUGGCCAUUUGUCUACUGCAGCUAAAUGUUAUCUUGCUGUGGACUCCGGCUUUGAUGCUGUCAAAGUCAUCGCUAAGAAAAAUGACCCUGUCUCACUGAAGACGGCAGCCAGUCUGGCGAAGAUCACAGGUGAAAGUGACCUGUCCCACUCCCUCUACCUAAGAUGUGCCAAAGACCUGGCAUCCUCUCAGGAUUGGCUGGGAGCACAGCAACUCCUCAGUGCACAGGAGAGCCUAUUGGUCCACCAGUUACACUUCUGCACCAUUGAGCUACUCACUGUGAGUCUAAUGGGUACAGUAGUGAAUUGGUCCUGUACCUCCUGUCAUCCCUGGUCUGCCUCAUGCAAGAACCAGGAUAGCUUCCUGGUGACCCUUAGGGAUGUGUGGGAGAGGGAGUUUGGUUUGUCUUCCAGCGACCAAGAGAAGCUCAAAGCUCUUUACCAACAACUGAAGGCCUUAGACAGUCCUCAGACUGCACCCAAUGUUCCAGUGAAACAGCUUCUGAGCCAUCUGUCCCUUGACGUGACCCUGAGCACUGUGAGCUGGCUGUUAGGUGACUGGGGAUCGGCCCUGGAGGAGCUUCUGCAUGGCGUGGCCAGAGCGAGUACAGCGGGACAUUUCUCUCUGAUGUCACAGACGUGCAAGCUGCUGUUUCCUCAAGGUAUUGAGUCCAUCUCACAAUACAAAAAGAUGUUGGAGCCCUUGGAUGGGAAUGCCUUAGCUGCAGCACAGAGCCUGGAGGCAUUUGUGUGUUACCAAGACCUCUACCACACAUGGUGGAACUGUAGCACUAAGGCCACGGCAGGAGCACAGGCUAACUUGACUAAUGGGCUGCAUUCACCCAGCGAGAACCGCAACAAAUCAACCAGCCACGCAUCUGACACCUCAGAAGGAGAUGCUGAUACCAGAUUGAGUGUGAGCACUUGCCAGCUCUUGCUGUCUGAGCCACAUGCAACCUGCCAGGCCACUCAGAAGGCUAUAACAGAGAUCCAGGAGAGACUGGCCUCCAUGGUUCACCAGCACAGCCAAACCCAGGAGGCUGAAACAAUAUCUUGUGAGGAACAGACUGAAAAGACCUCCUCGGCAGAGGGUUCCACUCCCACAGGCAGCCAAGAGUCCAGUGAUGCAGGACAAGGACAUGACACUGAAUCCCUACCUUCUUUGAUUGCCAUGGUUUCUGAGCACCACAAAGAGCUUGCUCACAUUCCAGACCAUGUCAAAAAAUAUCCAUACCCAGAUGUUUUGGAAGGCUGCUUAGUUCUGCUGUAUUUGAGUAAGAGUUCUGCUCUUGUUCCUGAUCAUCUGCAGGAAGAAGCAAUGGCCUUGCUCCGCAAGUUUGGAACUACCAGCUCUCUCUGCAAAGCCUCCAAGCGAUUCCUAUCUUAAUUUCUAUUUUCUUUAGUCUUGUUUUUGUUAAGUGUAAUUACACUUAGCCAGAAUGGCAAGUGUAUAAUUUGUAAAUCAAUAAACUUUUCAAUAAAGGGCAA